AUGAAUACCCCUAGAAAAUUUCGUAUCAAAGCACCAUGCUCAUCAGCUAAUAUUGGUCCUGGAUUCGAUGUAUUGGGUAUCUCUUUAUCACUAUACAUGACAAUCGAUGCAGAAAUCCUUAAAGAGGGUAAGGAUUUUGAAAUGACCUAUUCCGGAGAAGGCGCCAAGGAUGUUCCACUUACUCCAGAGCAUAACUUGAUUACCAAGACCGCUCUCUAUGUCCUUUCCGCAAACGGUAUUUCUGAAUUCCCCAAGCCUCUUAAGCUCCAUGUUGAUAAUGCCAUUCCUCUUAGCCGUGGUCUUGGUUCCUCUGGUGCUGCUGUUGUUGGCGGUGUUUUGUUGGGUAAUGCACUUGGCCAAUUGAAUUUGUCAAGAGAUCGCUUAUUAGAUUACUGUUUGAUGAUUGAACGUCACCCUGAUAAUGUUGCUGCUGCCUUGAUGGGUGGAUUUGUUGCUUCUUAUUUACGUGAGUUGGAUCCUAAUGAUAUGAAGGGCGUGCCUGCUUCUGAGUCAUUGUUGGAUAUUGCCCUUUCUCAACAAGUACCUCAGCCACCUAUUGGCAUUGGCCAUUACAUUAAUUUAGACUGGGCAAAGGAGAUCAGAUGUAUUGCCAUUGUUCCUCAAUUUGAAGUUGCUACAGCAAAGGCUAGAGCCGUGCUUCCUACACAAUAUGAGAGACAUGAUAUGAUCUUCAAUUUUCAAAGACUGGCCGUGUUGACUACUGCUUUAGGUCGAUCACCACCUAGUGCUGAAUUGAUUUACAAUGCCAUGCAAGAUAAAGUUCAUCAACCCUACCGUAAGACAUUGAUCCCUGGUCUUCCAGAAAUCUUGUCUACCAUUACCUAUCAAAAGUAUGAUGGUCUUUUAGGUAUCUGUCUUUCUGGUGCUGGUCCAACUAUCUUGGCAUUGGCCACUAAGAACUUUGAUGAAAUUGCUGAAGCUGCCAUUGCCUUGUUCAAGCAACAUGUCCAAGCAUUGGAUUAUGGAGCAAUGUGUGAUCCCACUCCUCUUUAUAGAGAGAGUUGGCAAUACGAUGAUUCUUGUGAGGAUGUCUAUCUUUAUUGCGAUCCUUCUACAAACACUUGUAAUUAUAAAGGUUGCUCUAAUGCUGAUUAUAUUGCAGGAUGGGAUACAAAAGUACGGCCCUUGCCAGUACGAUGCAAUAGCUCAACUUAUUGCCCUGAUAACAAUUCGAAAUGCACACCCACUGUGCCAACAGGCCAACGCUGUGAAAUUCAAAGAGAUGAUGAAUGCUCGGGAAACAAUGCCAUUUGUUUGAAUUCAACAUGUUUUAUUAAGGGUGCUCCUCUUGGAGGCAAUUGUGGCUCAGAUCUAACAGUCUAUAUUACUUAUGAUGCAGCGGGAGAUAGCCUUCAGCAGACUAUCAUUCGAGACAAUUGUACUGACGGAACCUAUUGCUUCAGUGCUGUUUGUAUUGAAUCGAAAGUAAAUGAUUCACCAUGCGAACAGGAUCGUGAAUGUUUGUCAGGUACCUGUUCUAAUGGUGGUAUCUAUCCAACCUUGGCUUUGGGGGUUCUAGGAGCUGCAGUUGUUAUUUUUGUCCUUUUGGUUCUUGGACUUUUAUGGAUACUCCAUCGAUACCAAUCAAAACAGGAGCAUCAAAAGAUCACCAAGUUCUUUGGAGAUAAUGAGGAAUUUGCCAAGUAUGCUAUGAUGAACGAUGAUGACGAUUCGUAUUACGAUAACGAUUCUCGGACCAAUUUGCCAUUGAACGACAGCCGAAACCUUGUUUAUCUCACUACACCUGAUUAUCGAUUGUCUCAAGCACUCACGGUCGGUAGUAAAAGUGCUUCAACAAGUGCUUUAAAUUUAAGUAGCAGUAAUAGCACUCCUCGGUUGAGUUCGACAACAAAUAUUGCUUCAAGAACUCGAGCAACACCAUCUAAUGAAAUUUAA